GGGGGGCGCGGCCUGUGCGCUCGGAGCCGUGUGGCGGCGCGCGGGGCUCUCGGUGUCUCCGGCCGGACCGGGCCCAGCGCAGCCCCAGCCCCGUCACGGAGCCUGCCCGGCCCCCGGCCCGCUCAAUGCCCACGGAGUUCUGUUGGAGCACCCUUGGCACAUUUAUGGCGAUUCUGAGCGUCAGGGCAGACUUCUGCCAGGCCCAGCACAGCACCCUGGCUGCCAAGUGAGCUCAGGGGGCUCCCCACGUGUGUCUGCCUGCCAGAAUUCCCAUUUUUUUUUUGGCCUUGGAGACUCCGGGAAGGCGGCUCAGAUUUAUGGGAUUUCUCCUGCCCCUUGGCAGCACCUCCCUGGCACAGCUCAGCCCCAGGAGAACCAAGAGGAGCCACAACCCUGCCCUGGCUGCCCUCACCUCACCAGUGCCUCGAUGUAGAAUUCCCCAGCCUGGCCUGCAGUGGGAAUUUUGGGAGCCUGAAGGAUACCACCCCGCCGGGAAUUGAGGAUUAUUGGAAGCAAAGCUGCUUUUUCUAGGAGCAAAAUCCCCUGAGGAACAAACCCAUCCAAGCAAGCUCUGAUCAAUCCCAGGCAUAUUAGUGAUCUUUUUCAUGUUUUCUGCUGUGAAACGUUUCCAAGGUCAUUGAUUUUUUUUUUUUUUUGGUUUAUUUUCCCCCCUUUAUUUCGAUUUUUUUUUGUUUUUCUUUUUGGUUUUUUUUUUGGCCCCUCACACAUUUUCUUUGCCAUUAUGAACCGUCCAGCCCCCGUGGAAAUUACUUAUGAGAAUCUGCGUUUCCUGAUCACUCACAACCCAACCAAUGCGACCCUCAGCAAGUUCAUCGAGGAGCUGAAGAAAUAUGGGGUGACAACUUUGGUGCGAGUUUGUGAUGCCACUUAUGAUCAAGCUCCAAUCGAGAAAGAAGGAAUCCAAGUUCUAGACUGGCCCUUUGAUGAUGGAGCACCUCCCCCGGGACAGAUCGUGGAGGAUUGGCUGAACCUCUUGAAAAGCAAAUUUCGGGAGGAGCCCGGGUGCUGCGUGGCUGUGCACUGCGUGGCGGGGCUGGGCAGGGCUCCCGUUCUGGUCGCUCUUGCUCUCAUUGAAUGUGGAAUGAAGUAUGAGGAUGCAGUUCAGUUUAUAAGGCAGAAAAGGAGGGGAGCUUUCAAUUCCAAACAGCUGCUUUAUCUGGAGAAAUACCGGCCCAAAAUGAGAUUACGCUUCAAAGACGCCAACGGUCACUGCUGUGUUCAAUAAAUAAACACCAAAAAUCAAAUUAUUGAUCUCAAAAGGAAGGCAGAAGUGAGCGGGGGGCUCUUCUCUGGACUCUUGGCACCUGAAAAUGUGAAUCUGGAAUCAAAAAAAAAAGUAAAAAAAAAAAAGUAAAAAAAAAAAGUGAUUAAAUUAGUGGUGGAGUCAGCACUCCUCAACCUCUGUCCUUAACAAAAAAACCAAAAAAAACCAAAAAAAAAGGUGAUGAUGAUUGAGAGAAAAAAAAAAAACACCAACCCAAAAUUAGAAAAAUAUAUAAUAAUAAUAAUAAUUAUAAUAAUAAUAAAAAAGCCAAUUAAGAGAAACAUUUCAGUGAAGGAUUGUUUUCUCCUUAAGCUGCAACCUGCAAGGAGAAAAGCAGUUUCUGAACCUUCUGUAUUUUUAACUUUUUAAGAAAAGAAAUAAAGUCAACUUUAUGUCUAAGGAAAAGCAGCAGAGCAUUUCCUUGUGCAGAAAGGUGAGAAAAAAACAUCCCCCGGGUCAGGACUGUGAAUUCCUGAGAUGUGAAUUCCUUUUUAAACUCUUUAAAAAAAAGAGAUUUUUUUGUUGUUUUUAACGAGGAGGAGCUGACUGGGAACAGCCUCGACAGCCUUAAGCCCCUUUUUGGGCACAUCCCAAUUUUUUUUGGGGAUGUUUUCCAUGGAAUUUUGUCUCCUGGGGGGCUUGGACAGGACCCUCACUGCCUAAACCCUGUGGUGAAUCUGUUUUUGGGAGUGUGUGUGUGAUUCCCUGUGUGUCUCAGUGAUUUUUUUCCCCAAAAGAAUUCGGCUGAAAUGUUAAUUUUUAGACAGAAAAUCCAUCCUGGCACACAAGACUGAUGUUCCAAAGUGUCCUGGGUGAGCAAAGGGCGAUUCGGACAAGGAUUUAAAAUUAAUUUCUCUGUCAGAAAGAUGGAAAAGGUGCUUUUUUUUAAAAUUUUUUUGCUGCUGUCCACAUUCCCAGCCUUGCUGAGCCAGGAAAAAUUGGGAUUUUCAGGGAGGGCCUGACUUGGUGUGAGGGGGAAUUUUCUCAGCUGAACCUUUGAUUGCCUUCUUCUUUUUUAUUGGGGUUUUUGGGAGGGAGAAUCCCAAAUUCCACCCCAAAAUCCCGACACCCUUCAUCAGCAAACGGUAAAAAUUUUGAUUUUUGGAGAUUUUUUGUGGGGCUGCCAGGGAAUGAACUGAAGGAUUUUAGGAGCAAUUUUGGUCAGGCUGCUCCUACCAGACCCAUUUUUGAUUUUGGCUGCCCAGGGGUUACCUUGUACACCUUUUAUUGGAUAUUUUUCCCAUAAUAUCCAUAUUUUUUUCCACAAUACCCUAAAUUGGAAGGCUUUGGAUCCACCUUGCUGAGCCAGGAAAUUCAGAUUUUCAGGGAGGGCCUGACUUGGUGUGAGGGGGAAUUUUCUCAGCUGAACCUUUAAUUGCCUUCUUCCUUUUUAUUGGGUUUUUUGGGAGGGAGAAUCCCAAAUUCCACCCCAAAAUCCCGACACCCUUCAUCAGCAAACCAUAAAAAUUUGGAUUUUUUUGGGGCUGCCAGGGAACAAAUGAAGGGAUUUUAGGAUCAAUUUUGGCCAGGCUGCUCCUACCAGACCCAUUUUUGAUUUUGGCUGCCCCAGGGAUGAUCUUGCACCUUCUCAUGGGUAAUUUUCCAUAAUAUCCAUAUUUUUUUUCCCCAUAAUAUCCAUAUUUUUUCCAUAAUACCCAACCUUGGAAGGGUUUGGAUCCAGGUUUAGGGCCCUUUUCCCUCAGGAUAUUUGGAAUUUUAGGUUGUUGGGCUGUACCUGCAGCUGAGGCCUCUCCCCAUCCCUUCCUCAUCCUCCUUUCCCAGGAUUUCUCCCUUUUCCAAACUCCUUUGGGAGCCUUUCCAGAAUUCAGGGAAUGGAUUUUAGGAAUUCCAACCCUUGGCAGAGAUUUUAUAAAUUAAACCAGAAAAUAUCAGUACUUGUCAAAGCCCCUCCCCAAACCUCCAGGUUGUGCUGAAUUCUCUCCUCCCUGUGGAAUAUUCCAAAUUUUUCCAUGGAUCAAGGAGACCUGGAAGUGUUUUUUGGGGUGGGUGCUGCACUGGGGAAUGGGAGGGAAAUGGUGCUGAAAUCACAUUUUAAAAUGAAUUUUUCUGCAAAGAAAAAUAGAAUUUUUAGCCAAAGGUAUCCUGGUUUUAAAACCGAUAUGACAAAUUCUGGAAGUCAGAUUCGAGGGGGAGGUGCUGAACUGGAUGAAAAACCCCAAUUUAGAACAAUAAACCAAAUUUUAAAUGCUCCGUGUAUAACUUCCCGUUCUUCCCUCUACUCCCCUAAUUCCCCUCUUGAUUUAUAAUAUCCUAAUUAUCAUAUCCGGCCUUAAUUAGUGGGGGAAAUGCAGAUUGUCCCGGUGUCCCCACGAGCUGGGGGUGGCACUGUGCCCCAGCCACAGCUCCUGGCUCAGCACUUGAACGUGGUGCAAUAAAGUUCUUGCAGUAAAAUCUGA